GACAGGGGGACACACAGGGGGACAGACAGGGGGACACACAGGGGGGCAGAGAGGUGGACAGGGGCCAUUCAUGGUCAUCUAUGGGCGAGUGUCUGCGCAGAGCUUGUCCAUGUCUGGAGACACUAUGGAAGAGGAGCUUCGGAGAGAAGCCUCCCUCAGCUGGAGGAGGAAAAGGAGGAGGUGAAGGUGGAGGAGGAGGUGAAGGAGGAGGUGGGGGAGCAGGUGAAGGAGGAGGUGAGGAGGAGGCCGACCCGCAGGAGCCAGCCCCGGACAGCAGCUCCCUGUACACGGCCGUGUGGCCCUUCGAGGCCCGGCACCAGGACGAGCUGUCCUUCCGGGAGGGGGACCUGUUCCGCGUCACGAGCCGCAGCGGGGACUGGUGGACCGCGAGGAGGACGGACCCGAGCGGGCGCGUGCUGGAGUCCGGGAUCGUCCCCCACAACUACCUGGUCCGAGCCGAGUCCCUGAGGAGUCAACCGUGGUUCUUCGGUCAAAUGAACCGGUUCGAGGCUCAGGGUCAUCUGCUGGCCGCAGGAAACCAGGACGGCUCCUUCCUCAUCCGCCAGAGCGAGAAGGACCACGUGGGACAUGUUCUCUCAGUGAGGUCGAGGACUCGGGUGAAGCAUUAUAAGAUCCACGAGGCGGUGGACUCGUUCUUCGUGGAACCUUCUCAGAUCUUCUUCUCGCUGGUGGAGCUGGUGAAGUUCUACGAGUGGAACAACCUGGUGAACACCGGGCGUCUGGGGAGCGUCUGCAGGAGAAAGCAGCCCGACACCCCCGACCUGAACCACUCCACAGUGGACGAGUGGGAGCUGCCCCAGGACCAGUUCAGCCUGGAGGAGGAGCUGGGGAAGGGCCACUUCGCUGACGUGUAUCGAGGCCGCUGGAAGAACCACAUCAACGUGGCCAUCAAGAUCAUCAAGAGCGACUCGGAGUUGGACCACCGGGAGUUCCAGAGGGAGGUUCAGAUCCUGAAGAGCCUCCGUCACCGGCACCUCAUCUCUCUGUUCGCCGUGUGCACCGCGGCGUCUCCGUAUUACAUCAUCACCGAGCUGAUGGAGAAGGGCUGCCUGCUCACGUUCCUCAGAGGCCCAGAGGGGGCGCUGCAGGACACCGCGGCGCUCGUGGACAUGGGGGCCCAGGUGGCUGAUGGGAUGUCCUACCUGGAGGAGCAGAACAGCAUCCACCGAGACCUGGCGGCUCGAAACGUGCUGGUGGGAGGAGACUACAUCUGCAAGGUGGCCGACUUCGGUCUGGCCCGGGUGAUCAAGGAGCCGUUCUACAUCUCAGAUGAUAAGAAGAUCCCCUACAAGUGGUGCGCCCCCGAGGCCAUCAGCCACGGGAAGUUCUCCAACAAGUCGGACGUGUGGUCCUUCGGCGUCCUGCUCUAUGAGAUCAUCACGCACGGAGGCAUUCCUUACCCAGCCUUCAGUAACCAGGAAGUGUACCAGCAGGUCACCAAAGGUUACAGGAUGCCCGCUCCCGCCAAGUGCCCCGACUUUCUCUACAGCAUCAUGUUGAAGUGUUGGAGCCACGAGCCCAGCGAGCGUCCCAGCUUCAAGUCCCUGAGGCUGCAGCUGGACGGCAGCUUGUAUGAGAUGGGGUGACUCCGCCCCCUGACCUCCUGUGACCUCCUCUGACCUCCUGUGACCUCCUGUGACCUCCUGUGACCUCCUGUGACCUCCUGUGACCUCCUCUGACCUCCUGUGACCUCCUGUGACCUCCUCUGACCUCCUGUGACCUCCUCUGACCUCCUCUGACCUCCUGUGACCUCCUGUGACCUCCUCUGACCUCCUGUGACCUCCUGUGACCUCUUGUGGCACGCUCAGCGCACUGGACACAGAGCGGCGACUGGGACUCUUCACUGAGGACGAUAUUUAAAAACCAGGAAGUAAAAGAACAGAAUCACUCACUCAGUGUUCCACUCUUCACUAUGUAGUGACUUUAAAGUGAGCUCAUCGGGGAACGAGGAUCAACAACAACAACAACAACAACAACAACAACAACCUGCGCCGGUGGAAAAUCCCACAGUUCAGAUGUUUGUUUUCUCAGUAUUUACACUUUAUGGUUGAAAACAUGUUUCUUGUUCCUGCUGCUCUCGUCUACGCUGCGAGUGCAAUGCAUGAUGGGAGAUAGUGCUCGGUUAGUGACCAUCGGUUGUGCACUAUUUUUCAUGAUGCAUUAUGGGAAACAAUGAGUGAAAUAGAAAACGUCACUAAACAUUCGGACACCACUCUAUAGAUAUAUAUAUUUAUAGGCUUCUGUAAAACGACUGCAAAGACUGAUAGUUUUUAUUCAGUUCACAUUUAAAACAUUUGUUUCCGUUAUUCAGUUAAUUAUUAUUUCCUCUGGACCCGAAACUGUUAAAAAAUAAUUUUAUAAUCAAUUCAUCAUUUUUGUUUUUUAGAAGCAAACUGAGAAUUUCCAGGUUUAUUUCGUCUCAUUUGAUCGAAGCCUGAAAAUCUGAGUUUCCAUCCGGAGCUGAAGACGAUCGUGAAAAUAAAACAUCAUCUUUUACUUUGAAGGAGUGUUCACUUGAGAAUCAGUUAAUCUGCAGAUUAAUCCAUAACUGUGAAUCUAUAUUAAAUACAGCCCAGAUUUUCUAAAUGAAGUGAUUAAUGUUUGAUAAAUCUGCAGAGUCAGAAAGUCUUCUUUAAUCUUUAAUUAUAAGAAAGUAAAGUUCUAAUUUCUUUUAAAUAAAAAAUCUAUUUUUUCAGUUUCUUAA